UCUGUUGUGUGUUUUGUGUUCUCACAGGUACACUUUUCCUGUGGAUGUUCUGGCCCAGUUUCAACUCGGCCAUCGCAGACCAUGGUGACGGACAACACAGAGCAGCCAUCAACACCUAUCUUGCCUUGGCUUCCUCUGUGCUCACCACUGUGGCCAUUUCCAGUAUGUCUCAGAAAACAGGCAAACUAGACAUGGUCCACAUUCAGAAUGCCACGCUGGCUGGUGGUGUAGCCAUGGGAACAGCAGCUGAGUUCAUGAUCACACCCUAUGGCUCACUGAUUGUGGGCUUCUGCUGUGGCGUCAUCUCCACUUUUGGCUUCCUCGUUGUCACGCCCUUCUUGGAGAAGUACCUGAAGCUCCAGGAUACUUGUGGCAUCCAUAACCUUCAUGCAGUACCUGGGAUGCUCGGUGGUUUCACAGGUGCCAUCGUUGCUGCAGCUGCAACUGAAGGUGUAUACGGUACAGAAGGGUUGGUACGGGUAUUUGACUUUGAAGGACCCUUUGCAGACAGAAGUGUAAACACGCAGGGAGGCUUCCAGGCUGCUGGCACGUGUGUGGCGAUUGCAUUUGGGCUUGUUGGGGGAGCUAUUGUUGGUUUAAUCCUGAAGAUUCCUAUUUGGGGUGACCCUGCUGAUGACAACUGCUUUGAUGAUGAAGUUUACUGGGAGGUUCCGGAGGAAGAGGAGACCAUCCCUCCUGUUUUGGAGUAUAACCACAUGAUUCACAAGCACCAAGACAUGAUGGAGUCAAACUUCUCUGUGGAGCAAAGCUAGGCGCGGAAGAUUACACAUCAUCCUGAACUUAACACGUUGUGAAGUAACACCCCUAUCACACCUUGAACGAUAUAGCCAGCUAUGCUGACCGUAUUAAAACACUGGCAUACGCUGGCUUAUGUCUAAUACGUUAUGGGUAAGUUUUGUAUAAGUUAGGAGCAUGCUGAUAUACGUCUUAAUAUGCGAGUAUCUCAAAACAUUUUCAGCAAAGCACUAUAUUUGUGACGUAUGCCAGCAUUGACUAAUAUGUCCCCAUACGCAGAGCAUAAGUUGUAGGUAAGUUAUGUGAUUGUUGACACACAUGUUUUGUAAGUUACUCCCUAAGUCUAAAUACAUCCAUUGAUGCGUCCAUUGACUGGCUCAAAGCUGCAGUCCCUCAUGCAAACAGUUCAGACUGUUUCAAAUAUUUAAACCAUUCACACACUGAGAAAAAUAUAAAGUCUUAAUCUGACCUGUUUGAUUCAGUCAGAUUCAUUAUCACAGCCUGACAAAAACCUAUCCAUAUAAUGCGUCCCUAAUUUUAGAAAACUACAUCUGAAAAUACUUUAGUUCCUUGUCUGGCUGAAGAAACAUAGUAUUUUAAAGCAAGCCCUCUAUCGUUUUUCUGCUUCCAGUGCGUUUCUCAGCCUGAAUCAGAGAGCACUGGUGCUUUGUCCCAAAACAAAACAAUUAACUUAUUUAAAUUAAUUGUUCCAA